GCUGUUGACUCUCGGCGACGGCGCCCUUCGGGGAGCUGCUUCUCCUCGGCAGCGCCGAUGGCCGAAUCGGCUCUUUACGGAGGUCUUUGUAGGGCGGAGUUAACGCUGGAGUUUUUGCAUGCAAACUCCACAACACACGACUUCGUUUUUGGAGCAAUAGCUGAAUUGAUUGACAAUUCACGAGAUGCUGGUGCCACAAGGCUUGACAUUUAUACUGUGAAUAAUGAUAACCUGCGAGGAGGAUUUAUCCUGUGCUUUCUAGAUGAUGGAUGUGGCAUGUCCCCUUAUGAAGCUACAGAUAUUGUAUAUUUUGGAAGAUCUUCUAAGAGAAAAGACCCUAAAAUGAUUGGACGUUAUGGCAAUGGACUGAAAUCAGGAUCAAUGCGUAUAGGGAAUGACUUGAUAUUAUUUACCAAAAAAGAGAAUACAAUGACGUGUCUUCUUUUCUCUCAGACAUUCUGUGAAACAGAAGGUCUCAGUGAGGUCAUUGUGCCAAUCCUUUCAUGGUCAAGUGACACAAGGACUCCAGUAAUAGAUGAUCCUGAGAAAUUUCCUACACAAUUGUCCAUAAUUUGCAAAUAUUCUCCUUUUAAUAAUGAAGAUGAAUUGAUGAAACAGUUUAAUGCCAUUUAUGGAAAAACAGGAACUCUGCUUGUGAUAUACAAUCUGAAACUUGCAUUGAAUGGGGAGCCAGAACUUGAUAUUCUAACAGAUGAGAAGGAUAUAUUGACUGAUAGGAUCUCAGAGAACUAUCCAGAAGAAAAAUCACUGAGAGCUUAUACAGCUAUAUUGUAUCUCAACCCACGAAUGAGGAUAUUCAUUCAAGCUGAGAAAGUCCAAACCAAGCAUUUGCUUUUCUGUUUUUACAGGCCCAGGAUGUAUCCAUAUAUAUCAUCUUCAUUCAAACAAAUUGCCACUCGUGAAUUACAGAAGGCACAAAUGGAACUCAAGGCUGCUGAAAAUGCUGUGGCAGAUGUAAAAGGCAGACUAAAACAACUUUCCUUGUCUGAAGAUAGUGAGUAUUUGCAAGUUGUGUUACGAGAAGCUCUGGAGGAAGAAAAGACAGUAAGAGAAAAAAAUGAAGAGAAAAAAAGAAAUCUGAGAAGACCAAAAAGACUAUUUAUAAUAUUUGGAAUAAACAUUCAAAACAGAAGUCAAGAUGGAAUGCUUAUCUAUAGCAAUAAUCGCUUGAUCAGAAUGUUCGAGAAAUUGGGAUCACAGAAAAACGUAGGACCAUUUUUUAGUGCUGGAGCUGUGGGAAUUAUAGAUGUACCAUUAGACGUUAUGGAACCCACACACAACAAGCAGGCUUUUGCCAACAUUAAGGAAUACAGGCACUUGCUGAAAUCAAUGGAAAACUAUCUUAUUCAAUACUGGAAGGACAUGGGGAUAAGUCAAAAAGGAGAAAAGUUCUGGAAUGAUUUUGGAUACCUAAGUGACAAAUGGUAUGAAAAACCUUCUGAGACAGUACAAUAUAAAAGAAGACGAGCAGCAGAAAUUCCUUACAUUGUGCAAUGUGAUGUUUGCCUCAAAUGGAGAUUCUUGUCACUUAAUACUGAUAUAGACAAUGAAGUUCAUCAUGACAUCUGGAACUGUGGAAGAAGUUCCAACUCUCUAGAAAAUAAGUGCAGUAUACCAGAGAAUUUGCCCAGAAUCCCUUUGGGCACAUUUAACCCAACUCAUUAUUUGAAUGACAAAGAAAAGCUACUAAUUGAUUCCAUUCAGAGAAAUAAAAGGAAAGUGGAAAAACUGCAACUUCGUUUGAUUCAACCACAUAAAUUUUCUAAGCAUACUGAUGACAGCAAAACUCCUGCUAAGGAUAAUGUCUGCCAGAAGACUUUUUGUAAAGAUUCACCUCAAGCUUACAAGCACCCGGCUAUGAAAAAUGCAAGUAAAGGAUAUAUGCCACAAUCAAAUUAUCGAAAGCGAGCAUUGGCAAGGCAAACAGCUUGCUCACAAAGGAGGCGUUCUUUUUAUCAGGAUGAAAAAAAGUCCACAGUGGUGGACAGAAAGGAUCACAGUAUGCCAAAGAUGCCACCUUCAGUACAUUUUGAAAAGUUAUAUUAUGGAGAGCCUGAAUUGAAAAUUGAAUCGGAGAACAAGCCAGAAAUCAUUUAUAUUAUAUCAUCUGAUAGUGAAACUGAAGAUCUGCCAAAGGAUGAAUUGUUUGCAGGAUGUGCUUUAAUGAAAAAAGAAAAACAGGAACAGUGUGAAGAAACAGCUGACAGUUUCCUUGGUCUACACAAGCAUGGAAAAUCUAAAAAAAGGCAUAUGCUAUCCGCAAACUCAAAAAGUAGGUCCACAGAAGCUACAAAAGAAGACAAAGAUCAAGUCUUUAUUGUGGAAGAGAAGUCAGUUGAAGUUUCACACCUAACUGAAAAUUCCCAGAGCAUCACUAAAGCCAAGAUGAUUCAGACAUUAACAUCUCGUAUCAAAGAAAUAUUGCUCUAUUUUUUACCUGAAUGUGAUAAAUCAAGAGAACAUAUUGCAUCCAUGUGCCCGGAAGAUGUUUUAUCUAUGUUCAAGUUAAAAAGACAUUGGGAUCACAGUAAGACUGUCGUUUUAUCCAUUGAUCAGUAUUUCUCACAGUAUGAAAGACAACUUUCCAAAAAACUCCAGCGUCAAGAAGAACAUUGCUUUCAAAAAGUCUAUGCCAUUGAAAAACAAAUUCAUCUACGCAAAGAACAAGUAAAAGCAACCCAAAAAAAGCUUGAACAUCUUCGGAGAAAUAUAGCCAUAUUGCUAUCAAGAAUGAAUCCCAAUCUUGUUAUAAAUAAUCUGGAACAUGUCGAUACCAUCCUGGAAGAAUGUUUAAACCAAGAAAUCACUCAUCCAUUGGUUCCUAUAACUACUAACUUCCGACAUAAGUGAAUCUACGUUGUUGGAUAAAGAAAAUGGGAGAGUAUGUAACGCUUUAUAAUGUAUAAUAAGAUGCAGAUAUAUAUGCAGAUAACAAAAGGUUAAUAAUCUACAGUUAUUCUGCAGAAGUCUUCCAUGUUAAUAGUGAUAACAAUUAAAGUUCUAAGUUGCCUUUUAUGUUAUAUUUUGAAAUUAUUGGAACCAGUCCAUGAAGACCGUUUACUUUAAAGUAUAUGGGUGAAGUUUAGCAAGAAAAUAUUUGCUAAAUGAUUUGUAUUCUAUAGUCUAUACUCUUUUGAAUAUUCUGUUGGAAUUAUUGUAAAAAUUAUUAAAAUAAUUUUGUUUACUUUUAUUGUUUUGAAAUAACUUCAUGAACAUUAUAUAACUUUUUUGCAUGAAAAUUGAAGUUUGUUAUGACAAGUUAUUAAAAUUUACUACACCUCAUAAAUAAAGCUAAUUUAAAGCUUGA